CCACCAGCACCUGGCACCAACGCCAGCCUGCUGCGGGCAUUCGUGGUGACAACCAUGGCCGACCCCCUGGAUGAGACCGAUUCCCCCGAGCCCGACCUUCUGCUGGGCUCGGUGCCACCACCAGCACCUGGCACCAACACCAGUCUGCUCCAGGCAUUCCCAGUGCCGACCACAGCCGACCCCCUGGAUGAGACCGAUUCCCCUGAGCCUGAUCCUCUGCUGGACUCAGUGCCACCACCGACACCCGGCACCAACGCCAGCCUGCAUGGGGCACUGGUGGUGGCAACCACAGCCCGUCCCCUGGAUGAGACUGAUGUCCCUGACCUGCCACUGAGCUCCUCAUCACUGGCAGCACCCAGCAUCAACGCCAGCCUGCUCCGGGCAUUCCCAGUGCCAACCACAGCCGACCCCCUGGAUGAGACCGAUUCCCCUGAGCCUGAUCCUCUGCUGGACUCAGUGCCACCACCGACACCCGGCACCAACGCCAGCCUGCAUGGGGCACUGGUGGUGGCAACCACAGCCCGUCCCCUGGAUGAGACUGAUGUCCCUGACCUGCCACUGAGCUCCUCAUCACUGGCAGCACCCAGCAUCAACGCCAGCCUGCUCCGGGCAUUCCCAGUGCCAACCACAGCCGACCCCCUGGAUGAGACCGAUUCCCCCGACCCCGACCUCCUGCAGGGCUCUGUGCCACCACCAGCACCCAGCACCGAGGCAGCACCCCAGAAGAGCAUCACCACCAUCCCCAGCUGGCUCACGUCGCCCAGUGAGGAGGAGACGGUGGCCGGUGGCACAGACAGCACCUCCUCUGCCCUCGGCCCCACCACCACGGGUUACAAGAAAGGCAGAGACCCCCCAACAGCGACUCAUUCGACCGCUUGGGACAUGAAGCCCUGGGGGACGGCGGUUCCUGUCCCGUGGGACCCCAGCAGGAUGAUGGGCAAGUGCCUGCUGGCCAUCCUGCUGCUGGCGCUGGUGGCCGCCACCUUCAUGGUGUGCACGGGGGUGCUGGGCACCCUGCUGUGGCGGCGGGGGCGGAUGGCUCACCACCGCCUCGCCCCCACCGAGAUGGUCUGCAUCUCCUCCCUGCUGCCCGACGGCGAGACGGUGGCCAACGGCCCCAAGCCCAUCCCCCUCCGGCGGCAGAAGCUGCUGCUGGAUGGCGGCUCCGAGGCUGACGGGGACAACCUGACUCUCAGCAGCUUCCUGCCAGAGCACUCCUGAGCCGUGGGGAUGGGGUCCUGCAUCCCGGAGCAUCCAGGUGGGCACAGUGCCCGGUCCCCCCGGUGCUGCCGCGUGUGGAGCCGCAGGUGGGAGACAACCCCCCCCUUCAUCCCUUUGGGUUUAUGUUUUAACUUGGACUGACGUUGAUAGAACCUGC